UUUUAUAAACUAUCCGAUACUUUCUCACCGAUUGAUCCUUUAUUCAAGAGAAGACUUGAUGAAAGGAUAGGGUCUUCCCUUUGCGUGAGAACUGGGAGAGAAUUCAUUAUGCAAAACUCAUCAUUUCUCCCUCGACUCUGUGGACUUGCAACAUAUGUAGCUGUCUAUAUAUAUCUUUCAAGCUUCUGCAAGUCGAUACAAGACCUGCACAAUGGAUCAUCAGCAAGAAGAAGUGAGGUUAAGAGUGUUUCGUUUUAUCUUCACUCAUGCCAUCCUCCUCUGUUUCAUGGGGUCACACCUCUCAUCUGCCAACUCCAACCUCGGAAACCACUCGGAUUUCCUGGCUUUACUAGCAUUCAAGGAUGGAAUAACUGAAGACCCACUUCACAUUAUGAAAUCCUGGAACCACACUCUCCAUUUCUGUAAGUGGACCGGAGUCACAUGCAAACCUUCAAACCAAAGAGUUACUCUUCUCAACUUAGAUUCUCAAAGGUUAGUUGGAUCUUUAUCUCCUUCCAUUGGAAAUCUUACUUUCCUUUCUGCUAUCAACCUGCAAAAUAAUAGCUUCCAUGGCGAGAUUCCUCAAGAAAUCGGUCGUUUGACACGCUUACAAGAUAUCAGUAUGGCAUUCAAAUUCAUAGGAGGCAAUAUUCCUUCCAAUCUCUCUCACUGCAUGAACCUCAGAACCCUUAAUUUAUCUCACAACAACAUCUCAGGGUACAUCCCCGACCAACUUAGUUCACUCUCCAAGAUACAUUCUUUUGGCCUAGCAAUUAACUCUCUUACGGGAAGCAUCCCACCGUGGAUAGGGAAUUUUUCAUCUCUAUUCACUUUCUCUCUUUUACGUAAUAGUUUCCAAGGAACCAUACCGGAUGAACUUGGACGGCUAUGUUGCUUAGGAAAAUUUCAAGUUUCCGGUAAUGAACUCUCUGGUGAAAUCCCUUCAUCCCUUUACAAUAUCUCCUCCAUUUAUUUCUUCUCUGUCUCAGAAAACCGUUUGCAGGGUAGCUUUCCAAUCGACGUAGGCCUCAAUCUCCCUAACCUUCAGAUAUUUUAUGUGGAUCUAAACAAUUUUACAGGAUCCAUUCCUAUGUCCUUGUCAAAUGCUACUGAGCUUGAGGAGAUUGAUUUCGGCGGAAACGGUAUGACUGGUCUUGUACCUGUGAAUCUAGGGAGCUUAAAGCGUUUAACUAAACUUAGUUUUCAGAACAAUUCCCUCGGAAGUGGGCAAUCCAGUGAUUUGGACUUCCUCAUCUUCUUGAACAAUUGUACGAAUCUACAAGUGCUUAGUCUAGCUAUCAAUCUUCUCGGAGGUGAACUGCGAGAUUCCAUAGGCAAUCUCUCGUCUCUGCUUACAGAACUUAUUUUGGGUUCAAACCUGAUUCAUGGAAGCAUUCCUGCGGGUAUUGGUAACCUUGCCAGCCUGACAGUACUUGGCAUGGAGGAGAACUUGUUCAGUGGCAGUAUCCCUGCUACCUUGGGGAAGCUUAAGAAAUUACAGAAAUUUGCUUUGGGUUACAACAGAUUGUCAGGUCUAAUUCCUUCCUCACUAGGCAACUUGACCCAAUUGAGUAAUCUCUACAUGAUGGAGAAUAACUUAGAAGGAAACAUACCUGCCAGUCUUGGAAAUUGUCAAAAUUUGCUAGAAUUGGACUUCUCUUCUAAUAAAUUAAAUGGUACCAUACCAAAAGAAGUUAUAGGUAUUCCUUCCCUUUCUAUUUCAUUUAUUGUGGGACGUAAUUCUUUAACUGGUUCAUUACCAUUAGAAGGGGGUAACUUGAAAAAUCUCGGGGCGUUGGUAAUCGCUGAGAACAAUUUUUCAGGUGAAAUACCAAACACACUUGGCAGUUGUGUUAGCUUGGAACGCCUAUAUAUGGCCGGUAACUCCUUUCAAGGAUCAUUGCCUCUUUCCUUUGAGAAUUUAAGAGCACUACAAGAAGUGGAUCUUUCACGCAAUAAGCUAUCCGGGGUGAUUCCAGAGUAUCUUGUGAAUUUUUCAUCCUUGGAGAGACUCAAUCUCUCUUUUAAUGAUUUUGAGGGUGAAGUACCAAAACAGGGGAUCUUUGCAAAUGCAAGUGCAAUUUCAGUCAUUGGAAACAAGGGCCUCUGUGGUGGUAUACCAGAACUACAAUUACCUAGAGGCUUCAAAGAAGCCAUUCACAAAGGAGGGAAGGCAUCUGUAACAAGUAUCAAAACCAUCAUUUUUGUUGUGAUUUUGACAAUUGUUGUUGUCAUUUCAUGUUCUGUCGGUAUCUUCUUUUGGAUGAGACGUCCAAGGAAGAGAGAUUCUGUUGAAUCUUCUCAUAACGAUUGGCAAUUGCGUCUCUCUUACUUGGAGCUAUUUAGUUCAACUAAUGGAUUUUCAGUGGAUAAUUUGGUUGGUAUUGGUAGCUUUGGUUCUGUGUAUAAAGCUGUUUUACGAGAAAGUGAAGAAGUAGUUGCUGUGAAAGUAUUCAACCUUCAGCAACGAGGAGCUUCUAAAAGUUUUGCAGCUGAAUGCGAGACCUUGAAAAACAUUCGGCAUCGUAAUCUUGUCUAAGGAGAUUUAACAUAUCUUUUAUCUUUGUUUUUAUUUAAUUCCGUGCAUAUUUCAUCUCAGUUUCUUAAUUUCCAGAUCUGAAUAUUUACCUCCCAUCGUGUGCUGAUCUUUUUGUCUCCAUUCUUGUUUGAUCAUCAAGUAUCCUACUGGGAAAAGGUUGUCGGUAAGUUUUCUUAUCAAUUUGAGAGUCCUUAAUGUUCUGGGUUGUCAUAUGUUAGUCUAUUCUGAAGGCUUUUAUUGAUUAAAGAGGCCGACUUGCAAUCAAUUUCUUAAAUCUAUUGGUUCCUAUUCCUUGAACAAAAAAGGAUUGCUUCUUGUAUGAAAACAUACAUUCAGAGCCUACGGAUGCCCUGUUUUUGGUAAGGGACACUGUUAUACUUUAGUACCUAACCGUUGGAUCACUUUGAUCUUUUGAGACCCCAUUCCUGUAGUUAUUUGUCACCUUUGACCAGAAGUCCAAGUUGAUAAGAGCUGAUUUGGAGAUUUAUUUUUAUUUUUUUUGAUAAAAAGGCAAUUAACUAUUACAACGCAAAAAAACAGUACCCCACAAAUCUAAGAAAAGAAAAGUAGAAAUAAAAGGGGGAGGGGAAGCCCAAAUGGACUGGCACUGUGUUGAGGCUCCAUGAGAGGCAAGGGCAUCGGCCACGUAGUUCCCUUCGCGCAUAGUGUGGUGGAAAGUUGAAUUUUGAAAUUGAGACAUGAGAUGCCACCAAUCCGAUAUGAUGUGGUGAACUCCACAAGAGGACCCGUCAACAUUUAUUAUUUUAAUGUGAGAUGGGGGAGGAACUGUCCAUUGAACUAGAGUAUGCCGCCGAAUCUUCAGAGGAAUCUUCUUGGCAAAGUGAUUAGAAAUUUGACUAGCUUGAUGGACAAUUCGAGAUGAAGAAUGGUGAUUGAAGCGAAAUACUGAUUCCAAAAAGGCCACCAGAUGUUCCAACAAAUAUUGAGGGCAUGAGAUAAUUGAAUUUCCAUUGCUCUAGUUUUUGACGGUUGAUUUAAUAACGUGGAUGAACAAGAAGGAAAGGCAUUCCACGCAGUAGUAUAUGGACACCGAGUGCGCAAAGGGACAGUCGAACAAAAUAUGAUGAUCUAUGAGUCCUUCGCCAGAAUACCAAGGGCAUUGAUUAGGAGUAGAGAGACCUCAUGCGCGAAGAAGAGCAUGGGCCGGGAGUUUACCACAAAGAAGCUUCCAAUUAAAAAACUUUAUUUUGGGGGUAGUAUAGGAAUAUGCCAAAGCCGAAGCCAGAUGGGGUCUGGAUUCUUGCAUGUUGGGCCUAGCGAUAUGCGAUAGGCAGAAGAGACAGUAAACAUACCAGAGGCAGAUACAUGGCAUGCCAUCGGCUGCCUCCUCACUUGAGGAGCUCAAAAGGUUGAGGACUAAUUUCAAUGAGAGUUCUAACAUGGCAAGGAACGAUUGAAAACCUUGGAAAAAGCUGCAUCCAAAUUUGAUAAAGUGCUUCCCAAGCAUCUAAGCAAGGAAGCAAUCUCGAGUAGAUAUGUAUCUCAUGAGUGACCGAUCCACUGCAUUAGUACCGUGUGAUCGGCUAGUCCUUGGAGGUACAUGACCAAGUUGGGAACCCAGAAUCAUGAGAUGGCAAGUAAUGUUGAUAUUGAUAUAAAAAAAAAAAAACCUGUGAUGAAUUAUUUCCCUCUCCAUACACUUCUUGUCAAACUCCAUGUCUGUGGAACAUGAAGUAUCUUAACAUAUAUGCAUGCAUGAUACAUGUGUUGAACUGUUCU